AUGCCGACGAUACUGGGCCUAUUCUUGUUUAACUCUAGAGUGAUCAGCCUUGAUGCUUGUGUUGCUCAGAUAUCCUUCAUCCACUCUCUGCAAUUCAUUGAAUCCUCUAUGCUCUUGUUGAUGGCAUUUGACCGCUUCAUCGCAAUCUGUAACUCGCUGAGAUAUGCCUCCAUCUUAACCCUGCCGAGAAUAGCCAAUAUAGGACUGGUGUUUGUGCUAAGAGCAGUGGCAGUAAUAUUUCCACUCCCCUUUCCUGAAACAGUUCCGAUUCUUUCGAGCCAAUGUCCUCUCCCAUUCCUCUGCCUGUACCAGGACGUCAUGAAGCUGGUUCGUUCGGACAUCACAGUCAACAACAUCUAUGGCUUGUUUAUUACAGUCAUAACGGUGAGGUUGGACUCGCUGCUCAUUUCCCUCUCUUAUGUGAUCCUCAAAGCAGUGCUGAGCAUCACGUCCCCCACAAAAUGCCUUAGGGCCCUGAACACCUGUGUCUCCCACCUCUGCGCCGUCCUGCUCUUCUACAUGCCAGAGUUCAGCCUGACUGUCAAACACAGAUUCUGGAAGAGCUCUUCUCCCUUGCUUCAAAUUAUCCUGGGCUACAUCUACCUGCUGGUUCCUCCUUUAAUGAAUCCAAUUGUGUACAGCAUGAAAAGCAACCAUCUUCGAGCAAGGAUAAUCUGGGUAUUUGUCAGUAACAAGUCAAUUCAUCAUCCAGCUCCGGAGCUGGUGACACAGGUCAUGGCCACCUAUUCCAUCUUGGACCCUUAUAUACGAGGAAACAAGAGCUACUGA